GGCCUGCCCAUUCGUCGGCUAUUCUUCCUCCCCCCGCUGACCUUCCCCGCAGUGUGUGAGAUAAAGAUGUUCUUGGUGUGUUCUAGAAGGAUGGCGCCACGGGGCAAAGCAGUCAGGGACGCAUGUGCUGACUCUCAUUGGAUCCCCCGCGGCUGACCAGGCGAUGCCGGUGCUUGUAAAAGGGGAGUGCGGAUUUGUAUUGCGAAUCCUGAAUCCUGAACACCAACACACACACACACACAUACACUCCUUGGCUCUAACUUGCGAAAUAUGCUCGUAUCAUGGCCGGCGCACGCCUUUGACAGAAUCAGAACGGAACCGUUCACAGAGGCAAUGGAUUCCGACUCUCUCUGGGCCCACGAGACGAAGAGACGACGGAGCGCUCUCGCUUGCAACACAUGUCGGGGACGGCGGACGAAAUGCGAUGGGAGGCGGCCAAAGUGCUCGUUCUGUGUUGAACGAGGCAAGGAAUGCGUCUACCAGGAGGCUCAGGACCUCACCCCGUCUCCACUCAAGACGGAGCUCUCGAGGCUCUGGGAGCAACUAGACCACAUUACGGCGGUGUUGCAGGGCCAGCCUUCAUUGAACUCGCCCUCUGAAUCCGCGGGACACGAACCUGGCCCAUCCGAUCCCUCCGUCGCCUCGAGCGGCUUUCCAUUCAUGAUCCUCCGGAGUCAAGCCUUUAUGAACAUGACUGGGCUUGAGCAAUCGCUGUCAGUGAUGUUCGAGCAUGUGGAGCGCGGACGAGAAGCAAUCCCCGCUCAUUCGAGCGGGGCGAAUAUUGUGGUGGUCAAUUUGGAGGACGCAGGAAUGCUUCUGAACGCAUACAUGGACCACAUUCACAUUUGGUACCCGAUCUUGCCAACAGAUUACACCGACGAGUUCAUCCAAGCGACAAGUGCAUGUUUCCUCCCCUCUGUGUCAUCCUGCCUUGCUCUGCUUGUUUUGGCCAUUGGCUGCGUUGUGGGAUGCGAAUCCAUCGCGGAUGCCAGACACAGAGGGCCGGAGUCGGUAUACAUCGACGCGGCUAUGGGGAUGCUUCCAUGCGUUCUUGCAGAUAGUAGUCCGUCGAGUGCGCAGUGCCUACUGUUGAUCGCUCUAUAUCAUUUGUGCUAUGCACGGCCCUGCCAGGCGCAUGAUUUCGUCGCAAUGGCCUCGUACAAAGUCCAGAACUGUCUUGCAAAUGAGCUGGAUGUCGAGAGCGACCCCGUGCAGAGGUCGAUUGUAGCCAACUGUUUCUGGUCAGCGCUCUUGAUGGAAAGUGAGAUUACUGUGCAGCUGGACCUACUCGAUAGUGGAAUUUGGAGCAUGACUUCGGUCGCCCCGGCCCCAACGAGCUCGCCCAUCUGGUCUCGGAAUUCAUCUCCACCACCCGAGCCCCGUAUACCCACCAGGGACUUUUCAUAUUUUGUUGCGGAAAUUGCAAUGCGCAAAAUGCUCCAGCGCUGUACGUGGUCCACAAGCACCCUGGCGCACGGGAGCCACGUCUACGCGCCCAUCGUCGCGGCCGAGCUCGAGCGGCAGCUGGACGAGUGGGUGCAGUUCCUCCCAGAACACCUCCUGUUCUCUGCGCCCCCUGUCCCUGGCAUCAUCGGGUCUAGCCCGCGCUGGAACUCGAACUCGGCGCAGGCGGAUUUCCUCGGAGCGCAGUACUAUGCCUUCAAGGCGUCCAUAUAUUGGCCGGCCGUCUACGAGGCGAUUAACGCAGGACAUGCAAACAUGGAGCUCCUUCGCCACUGCUCGAAUUUUUUUACAAGCUAUGCGGCGUUUAUUCCGAGUGCGUCGGCCGCCGUGGCCGUGUGCAAGCCGAAUCUCUGGACUCUCUGCACGAGUGUGUUUACGAUAUCAAUGGCGGCACUUGCGGGGAUGAUGGAGCCAUGUCUGUUGGGAAUCAUCCCGCCAGAGGCCGUCACGGGUCUGGACCUGGCAAUUCGAGUCUUUGACGGCGUCGCGGAGGUCAGCCCGUCGUUAGAUGAGAUGGGCGCGAUACUAAAGGAGAGGAUACACCUAUAUCGAUGUAAUUAGAGAUAGAUAUUAUAGACAUGAUAACGACGACUCGGUUAAGCGUUCCUAGUGUUGCAUUCAGAGCCAAUCCAUCCCCUUGGGGGAUUCCCCGGACCUGUUGGUGCCCAGGGGGUACGCACUUUGCCCGCGUCGAACAAUUUAUCCUCACGCUAUGAUUGGUCUGUACAUGUGUCUGCGCC